AUGUCUACUGCAGCCAAGGAGUACUUCUUCAAAAUCUUCUCCCCAGAAAAGCACUCUGAAACAAUGGUUAUUCCAAGUUCUUUUGUGAAGUCCAGAGGUUUAGGAAGAAGGACAAUCCCUAAAGAUAUAAUCCUCAGAAAUGUUAGUGGUAGGGUUUGGUGUGUUAAAACUCGUAUUAUUGGACACAAAAUCUACUUUGGAUCGGGUUGGAAGAGUUUCCAAGAAGAGAACUGUAUAAGAAAAGCAGAUUUUAUGCUUUUCAAGUAUGAUGGGACCAAUGUAUUUAAGGUGGUAAUUCUUGAACAAUCAUCACGGUGUGAAAGGAGAGAAGUUGAAGAAGACGAG